GACAGGGAGAUUCAUAUUAAAAAUGCAGUGAGUCCAGUGUAGAUUUUCCCCCCACUUUCUCUCAUUUCUCUCAUUCCAAACAAAGCUUAUAUCGCGGUCCCCACCGAUCUCUUCUAUAAAACGCACUAUUUUUCCAGUUUCUUUUUCGCCUUUCUCUCUCGUAAUUCAACGCCGGAAACGGAAAGCAAAUAAAUCUUCCUUUCGUUUUCAUCAUUAUUUCUUCGAUCUCCAAUUCAUUUCCGAAGCUCAGAGGUUGCUUUAAUGUCUCGAUUCUUUUCGAAUCUUCCACAUCCAGGGAACUCUGGAGACUCCAACUUCCUACAUGAUAAGGUGGGUGAUCGUCUUGUUCCUCCGGUGUUAAAGGGUGCCACUGAAGCUAUCUCGGCCGUUCACCAAACGGUUCAUGGAGUGGUCGGUGAUGUGGCUGCCGAGAUCCAUAGUCACGGAAUUAUCAAGCCUAUAUUAUCGGACGCCAUUUCCGCCGCCCAUGGUCUGGCUACUGAGCUCCAGCAUGCUGGAACGGAUGUCUCAUCUGAAGCUAUCUCGGCUGCACAAAUGUCUCCAGGAGCAGCUGGGGGAGGGCCUCCUCAGGUUCAGCAUUCUGGACUGUUGGGCACUGCCUCUGGACUCAUCAAGCAAAUCUCUUCCGAUGCCAUCUCGGCUGCCCAAACCCCAGGAGUGUUUGAGGGAGGGUCUCCUCAGGCUCAGCCUUCUGAACUGUUGGGUGCUGCCUCUGGAUUCAUCAAGGAGGUCUCAUCUGAUGCCAUCUCGGUUGCCCAAAUGUCUCCAGGAGGUUCUGGGGAAGGGUCUCCUCAGGCUCAGUAUUCUGGACUGUUGGGCACUGCCUCUGGGUUCAUCAAGCAGGUCUCAUCCGAUGCCAUCUCAACUGCCCAAAGCUCUCCAGGAGUGGCUACUGAGGUCCAGCAUUCUGGACUGUUCGGUGCUGCCUCUGGAUUGAUCAAGCAGGUCUCAUCUGAUGCCGUCUCAGCUGCCCAUAAUGUGGCUACUGAUGUCCAGCAUGCUGGACUGAUUGGUGAAUCGCUAUCUAAUAUUGAUCGACUUGCCCCUCCAGUCAUCAAGAAUGUCUCAUCCAAAGCCAUCUCGGCUGUCCAAAAUGUUCCAGGAGUGGUGACUGAGGUUGGGAAUGGUGGAUUGCUGAACACUGCUACAGGAUUCCUCAAUCAGGUCUCGUCUGAUGCUAUCUCGGCUGCCCAAGGUGUGGCUACUGAGGUCCAUCAUGUUGGAGCGAUUGGUGAGUCUCUGGCUAAGAUCGAUAAUCUUGUCCCCUCAGUCAUCAAGCAGGUCUCAUCUGAUGCUAUCUCAGCCAAUCAAAAGGUUGAAGAAGUGGCUAGUGGAUUAGGUUCUCUCGUUCAGCAUGGUGGAAUUUUGAGCACUGCCUCUGGACUCAUCAAGGAUGUCUCAUCCCAAGCCAUCUCGGCUGCCCAAGGUGUUGUUAGUGAGUUGAAGCAUGGUGGAGCGGUUAAAGAAGAAACUGAGAAGCUGAAAUACUUGGCAUUUCUGCAACUAGCCAUCAUCCAUGUGAUUUUGUGGUUCGGCAACCUCUAUACGAAGCUGAAGCAAAUGUCAGGACCAUUGAAGCCUGUUAUUGAGAUAGUUGAGAGAAUGGUUAAAACCAUGUUUGGACCUAUUUUCGAGACAUUCUUUGAUUCCCUUUACGACCUGUUCAAAUUUGCUGAUGACUGGAUUGGUGAAUUUGUGACUAAGAUUGAUGGUAUUCUCCCUCCAGUCAUCAAGCAGGCAAUAUCCAAAGUCGCCUCGGCUGCCAAUAAUGCUUUAGGACUGAGUGUUGAUGUGCCUACUAUGGAGGUCCAGAGUACUGGAGUGAAAGGCACCUCCUCUAGAUUCCUCCAGCAGAUCUCAUCCGGAGCCAUCUUGGUUGUUGAAGGUGUGGCUAGUCAGGCCAAGAAUUCCGGAUUGAUUCCUGAAGAGCUACAAGUGCUGAAGUACUUAAAAUACUUAAAAUACUUUGUAACCGUGCAAGCUGCAGUUCUCCGUGCAGUCAAAUUCUACUUUGAAGUUAAGAAAAUGUUGAGACCAUUGAGGCCUGUCAUUGACUUUAUUGAGCAAGUGGUUGUUAGCGUGUAUCAGAAGUUUUUUGCGAAAAUGGUUAAGAGCCUAUUUAGAUGGGUCCUUAUAAACUUAUUUGGUGUCCCUGCUGGAGUUUUCGAUAUAAUUGACAAGGUUGGAGGUGAUUUGAGUAAGCUUGGCGAUUUGAGUAAGCUCGGAGAUUUGUGCAUGCUUGGCGAUUUCAGUACGCUUGGAGGUUUGAGUAAGCUCGGCGAUUUGAGUAAGAUUGAUGAUCUUGUUCCAUCUGGAGCCCUCUCGGCUGUCCAAAGUCUUCCAGGAGUGGGAGGUUUGGCUACUGAGUUGCCAGGCACUGGAUUGCUGAGCUCUGCCUCAGGACUCCUCAAGCAGGUCUCGUCCAACGCCAUCCCAGGCGCUCAAAUGGUGGCUGAUGUCCAGCAUGCUGGAGCGGUUGAAGCCACGACCAAGACCGAUAGUCUUAUCUCUCCUCUCUUCAAGCGUUCAUCCGAAGUUACCUCAGUUGCCCAAAAGACUUUAGGAAUGGCCAGUGGUUCCGCCACAGGAUUCAUCAAGCAGAUCUCAUCCAGAGCCAUCUCAGCUGCCCAAAAGGCUCCCAGGGUAGCUCAAGGUCUGUCUAAUGCUGGAGUACAGAACACCGGAUCCCUCACACAACUUGCAUCCAAACCGAUUGCAGCCACCCAAAAGCCUGCUGAGGUCCAACAUUCCGGAGUGGUGAAGGGCGCCUCGACAUUGGCAAAAUCAGUCUUCACUGCGGUCGAGCCAACAGUUGAAAAAUGUGCUGUUUCGAUUUGGCAGACACUGAACAAAAUCCCUCUCUUUCCACAAGUAGCUUCAGUAGUUGUUCCGACAGCCGCCUUUUUCACCGACAAGUAUAACCAGACGGUGGCAACCGGUGCCGAGAAGGGUUACAAGGUUGCCUCGAUUUUGCCAGUGGUUCCUACCCAGAAGAUCGCCAAGGUGUUCAGUGAAGGGAAAUCUGAUUAGUUUACAUGAUGAUUAUAUUGUAAUAUAUAUAUAUCGUGUGGCAGAUAUAUAUACAUCUAUGGUAUGAAUUCGGAUUUUCACGUAUCAAUAACUUAUUUUCUCCAUUUUGUUUGUGCUUUUUCAUUGAAAUUAUUAGGUUUGUUUUUAAGGUAAGCUGAUCCAGGCAUCAGAAUGGACUAAAGAAAAAACUAUUCUAUUCUUCUA